CAGCUCCCACCUCACCGCUCAGACGUCUGGUGAGGGUGCUGCACCAGUUCAGCCAUGGGCUGGGUGCUGUGGGGGGUCCUGCUUGUCUGCGUGUCGGUGGCUUGGGUGAGAGGGGCUGAGCAGUCCCAGGAGCUAUCCUCCUCUGCUGGGUUUCCAGAGUGCAAGAAGGCCCUGAAGCUCCCAAGUCUGGAAGUCCUGCCGGGGGGGGGCUGGGAUAACCUCAGGAAUUUGGAUAUGGGCAGAGUCAUCAACCUGGGCUACUCGCUGUGCAAGACCACAGAAGAUGGAUCUUAUAUCAUCCCAGAUGAGAUCUUCACCAUCCCUCGCAAGCAGAGCAACCUGGACAUCAACUCCGAGAUCAUCGAGUCCUGGAAAGAUUACCAAAGCAUCACCUCUGCCUCCAUCAACCUGGAGCUGUCCCUCUUCUCCUCCAUCAAUGGCAAGUUCUCCUACGACUUCCACCGGACCAAGACCCACCAAGUGAAAGACCAUGCUGUCACCACACGAGUGCAAGUCAGGAACCUGGUUUACACUGCCAAGAUAGACCCAGAGGCAGUCCUGGACAAGGGCUUCAAGAAGCAGCUGCUGACCAUCGCCAGCCACCUGGAGAACAACCAGACACGGAUGGCUGAUUUUCUGGCUGAGGUGCUGGUGCUUAACUAUGGCACCCACACCAUCACCUCCGUGGAUGCCGGAGCCAGCUUGGUGCAGGAGGAUCAGAUCAAGGCAACCCUCCUGAAGGACAGCUGGGCCACACGGAGUGCUGUCACUGCCUCCGCCGGCGUGGCCUUCCACAGCAUCAUCAGUGUGAAAAAUGAAGAGUCCCUGGACGUCACCUCUGGCUUCACCAAGCAGUAUCUGGAGAACCGCACCAACUCCAGGGUAGAGAGCAUCGGCGGGACCCCCUUUUACCCAGGCAUCACCCUCAAGACCUGGCAGGAGGGGAUCAGAAACCAGCUGGUGGCUCUCGACCGCUCAGGGCUGCCCCUGUACUUCUUCAUUAACCCCAGCACCCUGCCAGAGCUGCCCACGCCCACAGUGAAGAAGUUGGCCAGGCGAGUGGAGAUGGCUAUCCGCCGCUACUACACCUUCAACACCUACCCAGGCUGCACUGAUGCCACCUCGCCCAACUUCAACUUCUAUGCCAAUGCGGAUGAUGGCUCCUGUGAGGGUGUCAUGACCAACUUCACCUUCGGGGGAGUCUUCCAGGAGUGUGCCGGACUGGCCGGCCCUGACACCAGCACGCUGUGCCGGGCAUUGGAGCAGAAGAACCCCCUCACUGGGGCUUUCUCCUGCCCCACCACCUACACUCCGGUACUGCUGGGCAUGCAGGAGCGGGAGGAAGGCCACAGCCAUCUGGAGUGCCACGACAAGUGCAUCAUGGGCAUCUUCUGCCACCGCAAGUGCCAGGAUGUCUUCUGGCUCUCCCGGGUGCAAUUCAGCGCCUACUGGUGCGCCAUGAGCGGGCCAGUGGCCCCAAACUCAGGAUACCUCUUUGGGGGGUUGUUCAGUGCCCACAGUACCAACUCCAUCACCGGUGCCCAGUCCUGCCCCUCGGGGUACUUCCCACUGAAGCUCUUCGACGAGCUCAGGGUGUGCGUGAGCCAGGAUUAUGAGGGGGGUGGCCAGUAUGCAGUGCCCUUCGGGGGCUUCUUCAGCUGCCAGGCAGGGAACCCCUUGGCAGGGCAGCACCAGGGCACCGCCGAGGACCCCCAUGCCAAGAGCUGCCCCCCAGGCUUCAGCCAGCACUUGGCGCUCAUCAGCGAUAGCUGCCAGGUGGAGUACUGCGUCCAGGCUGGCAUCUUCACAGGGGGCUCGCUGCCACCCGCCCGCCUGCCACCCUUCACCCGACCUCCCACCAACCUGCCAGCCAUUGACACUGUGCUGGUGAGCAGCGGGAAUGGGGACAGCACCUGGGUCAAGGAUGGGCAGAGCCAAGUGUGGCGGCUCGCCCAGCCGGAAGAGAUCCAGCAUGCGGCGGAGAUGGUGAGGGGCCGGGGGCUGACGGGGGGCGAGGCGGCUGGUGUCACCGCAGCAGUCCUGGCGGGGCUGGCCACCAUCCUAGCGAUGGUCUGCUACAGCCGCCGAAGGUACAAAGCGAGGGGGUACCGCGCAAUGGGCAAAGGGGACGGCCUGGCCGCUGCAAGCUCCGAGGACAGCACUGUGCUGAGCGUGGGCAACGGGUACCAGCAAGGGCCGGAGGGGCUGAUGGCAUAAGCACCCCCCCUCCCCAGUUGCCAGGUGAGGCCUUGUGCCCCAAACCCAGGCAAAGCCCCCUGCCCACCCCCCUUUCCAGGGACAAAGCUGCACAGCACCCCCCGCCCCUCACCCCCUGGAGCUGAGGGUCCCUGUCCCCACAGAGGCCCCAGGCUCACCUCUCCAUAGGACGACACAUGCUCUCGCCCUCCACCAGAUCCCCAAGCUCCAGCCUCGAGCACCUGGGGGCUCCAUGGCCCUUCAGACAUCCCUCCCCAGCUGACCUCAAAGGCCAACUCCCAGGGUCAACUCAUCAUCAUGACCCACCACCAUAUCCCUCCGCCAGCCCCUGCACCUCGAACGGCUGCAUCCCCCCCCUCCAACCAGUCCUGGGGCUCUGCCCCUUCAGAGAUAAGCGAGCUUCCCCUCCACUGCAAGCCAUGCCCCAGCCGUCCCCCCCGCUCCAAAACCAAAAAAGGGGAGGCAGGGCCCUUCAACAAGCCACUGGGGACACCGGGGUGCCCAAGGAGAAGGAAACCCUGAGCAGAGCCAUCUUCUUCCCCCUCCAGGGUGGCCCCAGAAAGCCAGGGGAAGCUGUGCAACCCCCCCUACUCUCCCCUGACACACAGGAACACCAGCAGGACUCAAGGCCUCCACGGCAGGGACGUGCUAUUUCUAAAAACAUUGGGUAAGGAUGCAUGCUGGGGCCUGACUCCUGGGAAAA